GCCGGAACCUUAACCAUGGAUGCACCGGCAUCAGUGACCUGGAUCGCUUUUACGCUGCAGAAAACGUCUGAAACGAUAGUUUUGAGGCAAGACAAGGAGUUCAUUUUUUGUAUGACUUUGAAGUGGAUUUAAUGAUGUUUUUUUUCCCCCCUGUACUGACACCGGGAAAAAUGUGACCGCAAAGAGUAAGUCACAGUGAUUCCAGCGACACGUGUCUGGUGUUUGUACGUGCUGGUUUCGCCGAGUUGUGCCUCCGGGAAGAAGGUCUCCACAUAAUGGAGCGAGAAUGAACAGAGAGCGGCUUAAAAAAAAGCAUGAACUGGAGGUUUAUUGAGGUCAUCUGCUUCCUGUUUAUAUGGGACCAUAUAACAGUUCAGUCUUCCCGCCAAGACCCACUGGCCACUGAGCAACAUGUCACCAAGCAAUAUGACUGGCUCAUCUCUGACCGUGGACCUUUCCACCACUCUCGGAGCUAUCUGUCCUUUGUGGAAAGAUUCCGCCAAGGAUUUACGACCAGAUAUAAAAUUUAUAGGGAAUUUGCACGUUGGAAGGUGAGGAACACAGCGAUUGAGAGAAGGGACCUGAUCCGGAACCCCGUGCCACUCAUGCCUGAGUUCCAGCGCAGCGUGCGCUUGCUGGGCCGCAGACCCACUACUCAGCAGUUCAUCGACACCAUCAUUAAGAAAUAUGGAACCCACAUUCUCAUCUCGGCCACCCUGGGAGGAGAGGAGGCACUGACUAUGUACCUGGCCAAAAACAAGCUGGACAGGAAGCUUGCCAAUGCUACACAGAACGUGGAAGCCCUUCAUCAGCUGGCCUCGUCAUACUUCAUUGACCGCGACGGUACGAUGAGGAAGCUGCACGAGAUCCAGAUUUCCACCAAUGCCAUCAAGGUGACAGAGACACGGACGGGGCCACUGGGAUGCAGCAGCUAUGACAAUCUGGACUCGGUUAGCUCAAUCCUUUUGCAGAGCCCUGAGAGCAAGCUUCAUCUGCAAGGUCUUCAGGUCAUUUUUCCAGAAUACCUGCAGGAGAAAUUUGUCCAGUCAGCUCUGAGCUACAUUAUGUGCAAUGGGGAGGGAGAGUACGUGUGCCGUAACAACCAGUGCAUCUGUCAGUGCGCCGAGGAGUAUCCGCAAUGCAACUGUCCCAUCACUGACAUCCAGAUCAUGGAGAGCACCCUGCUGGGGAUGUCUGAGUCAUGGGCUGCCUCUUAUAAAGACUUUGAGAGCUCUGAUGAGUUCAAGUCCUUCCUGAAGAGGCUGCCUUCCACUCACUUCCUUCCCAUCAGCAGUGUGCAUCUCCUGUGGGGCAGUGACUGGGACCUGCAGGCCCGCUACAGGCUCCUCCAGAGUUCCCUGGAGAUUCAGCGGCUCAAGAUCCACCGCACCGCCCGCAAGCUCUUUGGCCUCAGCAUCCGCUGUCACCACAACCCCAACCACCAGAUGCCUAGGGAGAGGUCUGUGAUGCAAUGGCUCAACAGGGUUCAGUCCUUCCUCUACUGCAAUGAGAACGGGUUCUGGGGGACCUUCCUGGAGAGCCAAAGGACAUGCGUGUGCCACACAGGUGUCACCCUGUGCCAGCGACCCAUCCCUUGUGUCAUAGGUGGCAACAACAGCUGUGCCAUGUGCAGCCUGGCCAACAUCUCACAAUGUGGCUCCUGCAACAAAGGCUACAAGUUGUACCGUGGUCGCUGUGAGCCACAGAAUGUGGACUCAGAACGUAGUGAGCAGUUCAUCAGCUUUGAAACCGAUCUGGACUUUCAGGACCUGGAACUCAAAUACCUGUUACAGAAAAUGGAUUCACGACUAUACAUUCACACUACUUUCAUCAGUAAUGAGAUCCGCCUAGAGACAUUCUUUGACCCUCGAUGGCGUAAGCGCAUGUCCUUAACUCUCAAAAGUAACAAAAACCGGAUGGACUAUCUCCACAUGAUAAUUGGUCUAUCAAUGAAGAUCUGCCAGAUGCGAAACAGCAGUAUUGACCCUAUGUUCUUUGUUUACGUCAACCCAUUCAGUGGUAGUCACUCAGAAGGCUGGAGCAUGCCCUUUGGUGAACAUGGUUACCCACGCUGGGAAAAAGUACGACUGCAGAACUCCCAGUGCUUCAACUGGACUCUUCUGCUGGGCAACCGGUGGAAGACCUUCUUUGAGACUGUGCACAUCUACCUGCGUAGCCGUGCUAAGAUCCCAACUGGCCUACGCAAUGACACAGGACAGGGUCCAGUGGAUCUUGCAGACCCUAACAAGCGCCAGAUCUACAUAAAAAUAUCUGAUAUCCAAGUGUUCGGCUACAGCCUGCGCUUUAAUGCCGACCUGCUCCGUAGUGCUGUGCAGCAGGUUAACCAGUCGUACACACAAGGAACUCAGUUCUACUCAUCCUCAUCUGUUAUGCUCCUGCUACUUGACAUUAGGGAUCGGAUUAACCGCCUAGCCCCUCCAUCUGCACCUGGCAAACCCCAGCUGGACCUCUUCUCUUGUAUGCUAAAGCAUAGGCUCAAGCUCAACAACAGCGAGAUGAUUCGAGUAAAUCAUGCCUUGGACAUGUACAGCACAGAGAUCCUAAAACAAUCAGAUCACCUGACUGCUAAACUCUGUUGAACAUAAUAACGUUAACGUAAGGACAGCAAACUAAACACAAACACCCAACAAAUGAACUAUAAGGGGAUAUUAAUCUUAAUUUUGUUUUCUCUUUUUCAUUUUUGGACCUUUUCUGCCUUUUGAUGUAAUAUUAACUUUGUAAGCAUAAUUCUUAAAGAGAAAAAGGAAAAAGGCAGUGAUGAAAAGCAUUUCAGGCAGAUAAAGAAGAUUAAUGGACCCAUUAUAAAGACUGUAUCAUAUUUGUCCCAGCAUGUCUGUCAUUCCCUAAAAGAAUUUAAAAGAGAGAGAGGAAAAAAAAGAAAUAUUAAAUCUAUGUACUGGUGAAAAAGAGGCCUUGAUUUUACUCUGAGGGAUCAAAGGUUAUAUCUGAAACUGCCAUUCUUUACUGAGAUAAAAAAAAAAAAAACAUUUUUAAAGGAAUAAUGACAUAACACAAGGGCAGACAGAUAUCCUUUUAUUUCAGCUAAUGUGCAAAAUAUUUCAGACAUAAUGGACAGUUUAAUAUUAAAGAUGUUUAUACAUUGUAAGGAUUAAAUAGCCCUAGUGAGUAAGUAGUCAACACAUUACUUAUAGACUCUUUAUUACAUUUCAAACCCACAGUGAAUCUGCAUUGCUCUUUGUGAGUUAUGAGGCACUCUGUCAUUGUUCUGACACAUAAGGCACACAGCAGGGCAGUAAUGGAUAGUCAUGUCAAAUAACAAAAGCCAGCUGUUUAUAUAUA